AUGUUCUCCACUUCCUGGGCUGCCACAUCUGCUCUGGCAUCCUUCGGUCAUGGUCCUACCAUGGCCACGCCCAGGGCGGCCCAGUGCGCCCAGGGCCUGAGACCCGCACAGGGGUCCCCUGCGCUGCGCUCCUUUUGCACGGCCUCGCUGCUGAGCAUGCAGAGCUUCGAGAGUUCUCUGCCCCGCAGCUGGGAUCCAACCAUCGCGGAAGCGCAUGUCAGGCACAAUAUCUCAAAUCACGAUUGCAUGUGGGCUGCCAUUGCGGAGCACUGUCUGCCCUUUUCGCAAGGAAAGGCAGUGGCGGACCUCGGAGCCGGCGAUGGAACUCUGGGGAAGCUGCUGCAGGCAGAGAGGAUGAGCAAUGUCGAUCCUUUUCCGCCCGAAGCCUGUUCAGAGCUGAUUGUGAAGGCUGACGGUGUGGACUUUCUUGCUGCACAGCCAGACCAGAGUCUAGAUUUGGUGAUCUCCACCUUUGCCGUUCACUUCAUGGAUCGAGAACAAUUGGAUCGGGAGCUUGCCCGUGUGCUGACCCCAACGGGUCGGGCCAUUUGGUUCAGCUUCUCCAAAAGUUCCAUGUUGUUCGGGAACGAGGAGUUCAACUCCACCUACUACUCCGUGGGCUUUGGCGAGGAUGGCAGUGGCACGGCGGGCAGCUCGCGGCCGACGCAGGUGCUGGCGAUCCAGCGGCCCACCAGCUAUUGGGAUCUGAGGAAUCAUAUUCAGCACCGCUGCCACAGCAACCUCAAGCAGAUGGAUGAUGAUACCCUGACGCGGCUCAUUUCUUUGAUUCCAAGUUUAGAAAAAUUACAGACCAAGAUCUUGGAUGGUGCCAUCACAGUAGAACCCAGGCAACAGUUCGGCACGGUGGAAAUCCUGGGGCACGCUGUCUUGCCAAAGCUCAGAUGCACGACCAAAGAGGUGAUUGUGCCACAGCACACACCUGUGAGCCCCGGAUCAGCAGAAGUUUCCCGUCCCAUGCACCCCAGCCCUCCGCCCCCUCCGCCACCGCCCGGCGGCCACGGCGGCCACGGCGGCGACGCGCCGGGCCGUGCACCGGUGCCGUCAGCUGAGUGGUAUUCCCGGCAGCGGGCCGCCGAGGAGGCUUCUUUCGAGCAGCUGGGUUUUUCACCGGCACCUGCUCCCCCGGCACCUCCUCCGGAGCGACCCUUGAUUGCGGCCGUGGCCAAUUCCCUGGUGCUGAUUCCUCUCUGCAGAAAGGGGGACCGAGCUGGGAUCGAGAAUGCAAUCGCUCGAGGUGCCACAGUCGAAGAGGUGGACGUAGAGGGAAACACGCCUCUACAUGUCGCAGUGGAGGCUCCUCGCAACGAGAUUGCCACGGUGUCCUGCCUGCUGGAACAGAUGGCUGACCCAAACGUGCAGAACCGCCUGGGUGCUGCACCCCUGCACUAUGUGUGCUUGAGAAAAAGCAAUUGGAGAGGGAUUGCAAAUCUCUUGCUGGAGAAUGGAGCCAACAUCGAUUGCCAGACCUUCGCCGGCAAAUCUGCGCUACAUUUCGCAGCUGAACACCAGCUGCCGGAAUUAGUGGAGGUGCUUUGCCUGUUCGGCGCAGAUCCAAACCUGCUGGAUACCAAGGCCAACAUGGCAGUGCACCUGGCAGUGGGCAAGGUGGGUGGCAGAGAUACCGUGAAAAAGCAGAUCUUGGAGCAGUUGGUCUCCGCUUCUGCAUGUCUUCAGGUGCACAACUUGGAUGGCUAUUCUCCCAUGCACAUGGCUUGCUCCACGGGCUCUUUGAGAUGCGUUCAAUAUCUUCUGGAGGCCAGAAGUGAUCUGUGUGAGACCUCUUCACGAGGUGAGACAGGCCUCCACCUAGCUUGUUCAGCUGGGCACAUGGAGGUGGUUCAGCUGUUCAUGCACGAGGCUUUUCGCCUCAUUGAUGCCCAGGAUAUAGCGGGUAACACGCCUUUGCAUGCCGCAGCAUACGAAGGUAACCUUGAAUGUGCCAUGAUCCUGCUGAGGAAUGGUGCUGAGGUUGAGCUGAAGAACGAGCAGUCUCUGACUGCCUAUGAGGUGUCCACUGUGAAGGGAAGCGAUCUGGCGAGCAGACACAACCCCGAGCUGAUGCAGGCAAUGUGGGGCCCAUCGCAUGCGGCAUGCGCGUCACGAAAGAGCAUUUGGCCUGUGGCCAAUGGUGGCCGUAGGUGUUGAAAGAGGCUCAGAAAGAACGCGGGUGCAGACAAUCGUAGCGUAGCUCGCAACUCGCGGCUGCUGAGAAGUGAAUAGAUCUGUGACGGCCGGUGCGGCAGGGCCCACGGAGACGGACGCAUUUCAAACGAAAUGUGGCCAACUGCCAAGGAUAUGUCCUUAUGCUUUCAAGAUCCAGGUGUAGGAUGUGUAGGCACUGUCAGGCAACGUGUCCUGACACCAUUGUAGCUUGUGAGAAAAA